CACUGAAUGUUCUUCCGCUCAAAGGACAAGUAAACGUUGCGUCCCCUUUGAGUCGGUGCGCAUUUAGUCCACUCGUUACGGUAAUACGGAAACGCCGUAACUACUGAUGUUUGUAACUGAUUUGGUCAAAUAGGUCAUCAGGCGUGAUGUUUGACGCGCUGUACAGGCUCGGCUGUUGUCUUCUAGUCGUUGGUUGCUUAACAUCCACGUUCUGAUACAUAUAUGGAAAUAUCUCGAGAAGGCUUUCUAAAUUCAUAAGCUUGUACACGACACAACUUUUAUUGGACAUCAGCACAAGUCUGGUUCCCCCCACCGUCCCUCCAUCUGUGCAACACAUCCAUCGACUCCGACUUGAACCGCCACAGAAGUACAGACUUGUGAUUACGGUUUAAACAAACACAGAUGCCUCGAUGGAGGACUUGUGCAAGCAAACACCUUCGUCGGUCAAGCCCAGUGGCUCAAGGGCUGCUUUUGUGCAUUGCAACCUUUGGAGUGGUACUGCCUAUAUGCUGUCAUCGUCUGCUCUACUCGUAUUAUUUUUUAAAGACCGUUUAUCUUGAUUCGCUAAGUGAUGCAGCUCUACAAGAAAGCUACGAAAGAGGCCAGGAGGCCCUGCGUUUCUGGGAAGCAGCAGCCUCCGCGGAAAGCUUGAAGGACCCAUUGGAAACGUUUGCUAAGGAACCGGAUCUCCUGGUUACUGUAGUGACAGCCAGGAGGACGGAGGGGAGGGACUAUCACUACCUAUUACAGGUGGCACAGCAGCUCAAAUCACUCCUCGAAGCGUGUGGCGAUAAACCAUGUGCCGAGGUCAUGCUCUGCGACGUCGAAAGCGGCCCCACUUUAAACGAAGACGCUCUGCUUCUGGAGAAACAGUUUUUGGUUGUCAGACGCUCUCUUGGCGAGAGAUGGCAGAGCCGAGACGUGGUCAACAUCUUUGAGAAAGAGAAAAGAGAUUAUGUGUUCUGCCUGCGCAAAGCAUGGCACCUGACGAGGCCGAAAAACGUCGUUGUCCUGGAGGAUGACGCGCUUCCGUUGUCAGAUUUUUUUCCUUCCGUUAAAAACCUACUCUCACGGAGAUUUGCACUGAAUACUUUAUACGUAAAGCUCUACCAUCCAGAACGCCUGCAGAGAUACUGGAAUCCAGAGCCUUAUCGAAUCUUAGAAUGGAUGGGUCUCGGCCUUUUUGGGGCUACGAUGCUCCUCCUUUUGGUAUCUCACUGUACACCUCUCGCUUUUACCUUCUCGCCUCCUUGUUUUCUCUUUCUGGCUCUCUAUGUAAUGGCGGUGGCAGAGUUGGCAGGGAGGCACUAUCUCCUCGAGAUCAGACGACUUUCGCCUCAGCUUUACUCCGUCUGUCCUGCCACUGAAUGCUGCACUCCUGCUAUGCUGUAUCCAGGUAACGCCUCCAUUCGAGCCGCCGAAUACCUGGACCAGGACGUCUGCGCUCAGGGAAAUGCAAAAGACAUGGUGCUGUACAAGAUCGCCAGAUCGAGGCCAGGUGAGAAGGCGCACAGCGUUGAACCCAAUCUCAUCAAGCAUAUCGGUGCUUACUCCUCCAUCAGGACGAACCCCGUUCCACCGCGACUAAUGUGAUAUUUCAGAUUUUGUUCUCAUAGAACAACUCGUAAAAGUGUAACAUGAAACACAUUUCAGACACCGCUUGAACACAUACUCAUGUAGGAGUUCAACUUAACACUUAGAUUGAGGCUUAAAAGUCUCUACUCGCAUAAACUGAUUCAUGUAAAGAAAAGAAAUUCAUUUAGAAGAUCAUAACCUGUGUUUUAUAUAUGUGACCCCCUUGUGCUGCAACUCCAGACACUGAUGCUUUAAGAAUGUGGGGUAUUUUUAAACUAUUUUAAAUCUUGAAUAAAGAGUGGGAUUUUUAAAUCUUUACAAUUUUAUACAUUUGAGACUGAAAUCAUUACUAUUGUUGUUUGCAUCUGCUGGAAGUAUAAUCAUUUUUCUAGUUUAUUUUAUAUUCCACAACAGCAAUGAAAUCCUUCUACAUUUAUGUAUAAAGAAAUCAUAGCUGUUUUGUUUUUUUUUUUGGCAAAGAAAUAAAGGUUUUAAAUUGUUUCCUGUUGAUACUUACAGUAGAAUGCUGCUGGUGUUUUAAGGCAAUGUUAUUAUAAACAUUUGUCUACAGUGAAUAAAAAUGGCUUUUACAUCAGAAGGGAAUUAAUAGAAUUAUGAAGAGUAACAUGAAAGUAAUUUGCACGCUCUUAACAUUAAAGAUAAAACGUGGUUAGUUAACAUGCCUUUAACAGUCUUUUUCUUUCUUUUCAUCAUGUGCACUACAAUGUCCCAGUAUUAAUUCAUUUACUUUUUAAUUUUAUUGAUUAAAAGAGCAUUGCAAAUCUAUACAAUCCAUGGCGUUUAUAGACAUAACUUUUGGUUAAAUAAAUGAAUAAAUAUAAAGUUU